AUGGUCCUGGAACAGACGAUCACGAUCGGCAAGCAGCUUCUGUCCGUGUUCAACCAGGCCAAAGGCGCCUAUCAAGAGAAGAAGGCUCAGAUCAAAUCCGAACGAUCGACUCUUGGUCGCGCACAAACCUUUGACCACCACCCCACUACCUCACGAAGUGUCUAUCGACACCAUGAUCCCUACGAUUACGACGAUUACUACGACGAAGAAGAAGACGAAUACUACGAUAAAUACUACGACGAACCGCCAAUAAGGCGCCACUCUGUCUACGAUGGGCACAGCGAGGCGAGUUCGCGCCGAACCGCGCGGACGUCGUCUAGACGGAAUCCCAGAGACGACAGAAGUGUGGUGAGCCGUAGGACCGCGCUGACCGCCAGCAACCUCAAGACGCUGAGCGAGGUUUCGAGUGCAGCGCCCUCGAGAGCCCCACGUGGCUACCGUCCCCCAUACGCGGAGACGCUGAACAAGGACAUGGCCGUCUCCAGAAUGAACCUCACACACGCCGAUAUGCGCAGCAUCGCGCCGUCGGAACGAAGGCCUCCGACCGCCAUGACCCGUCGGAGAUCAUUCUCUGAGGUCAGCGACCGGAGGGCCAUGGUGAACCGCCCGGGUGGGAAGCACAUUGACAUGGACCUCGCGUAUGGCGACGUGCCGCCCGACCUGCAGGACCGCGUUGAUCUGGACCCCGACCGCUCGGCCGAGGCCAAGGAGCAGCGCGCAAAGAUGCUGGUCAAGAAGGUGGAAAGUCUCCUGGACGAGGCGCACUGCGUGCAACACUCCGCCUCCGCCACCAUCUCCCACCUGCAGCAGAACCCAGAUGCCGCAGCCGCUGUUGCCCUGUCGCUGGCGGAACUGUCGACGUUGGUCACCAAAAUGUCCCCAGCCUUCCUCGGCUUCAUCAAGGGUGGCUCGCCGGCGGUGUUUGCUCUGCUCGCCUCGCCGCAGUUCCUCAUCGGCACAGCUGCUGUCGUCGGUGUCACCGUCGUCAUGUUUGGCGGCUGGAAGAUUGUCAAGAAGGUCAAAGAGCAGCAGGCGGCCCGGGAGGCCAUCGCGUUCGAGGGCGUUCCCAUGGACCGCCCUGCGCCCAAGAGGACGCAGAGCGACUUUAGCACGGGCAUGGACGAGGCGUACAUUAUUGACGACGACAUCAGCUCCAUCGACUCGUGGAGGCGGGGUAUUCUGCCCGAGUUUGGGGAGAACGAGAGCGUGGACAUGGAACUGAUCACGCCCGAGGCUCGCCGCGCCAACAGGUCGCGUAUGGGCAAGGAGGAUGAUUUCGACACAAAGUCCCGACGAAGCACCAAGACGACAAAGACCUCCAAAACGAGCAAAACCAGCAAACCCAAGGAGCGCGAGGUCCCCGAGCGCAAGAGCAGUAAGCACGCCACGACCGAGAGCGUCGCCGGCAGCGAACGCAGCCGCAAACCCUCGUCGUCCAAGAGAAAGGAGAAGACAACCGUGCGUGCGAUUGAGGAUGGAAGGAGUCGCCGAGGCGACGACGACGGAAUUGAGAUGGUUUUCAGGCCCAAGGGCCAGAAGCAGACCAAUAUGCUGAAAGCCUUGUUCAAGACCAACAAGGAGAGGGAGAGGGAGCUUGUUCAUGUGCGAUGAGGUACGAUAAUGAUCUUUUUCUCUAUUUGUGGCGUAUUCUGGGCAAUCGAAUCAUUGACAGGCGUAAUU